GCCGGGGGCGGGGCUUCGUAUUCUGGGAGCCCGACUCAGGGCGAGAAAGACCUGAGGCCGAACCUCGGAGUUCGGAAAGGGGAGGGGCCAAGUCCGGAGCUACCCGAAGAGGGCGAGGACUUGACGGGUCUUUGGUCUCUGGAGGUCCCGACACCUGACGGGAACACCCGAAGGGCGACACCAAAAUGGAUCUUUCGAAGGGGUCGUGGCCCGCGCUGGGGCAGGCUUUGCUCUGAGGCGUGGGGGCAGGCGUGGCAGUAUUGGAGCAGACCAGAAUGUUGACCGCGGGGCCCGGCGACUCGGCUCGGGGCGGGCCCUCGCCUCGGUCAGCCCCGGGGCCUGGCGGGAUCGCCCGAGAGCUGAGUCGCGCUCCCAGGGGGCGGAACCUGGCCCUCCAGCUCGGCAGGAGGAUGCUGGUGGUGGAGGUGGCGAACGGUCGCUCCCUGGUGUGGGGGGCCGAGGCGGUGCAGGCGCUGCGGGAGCGCCUGGGAGUAGGGGGCCGCACGGUGGGCGCCCUGCCCCGCGGGCCCCGCCAGAACUCGCGCCUGGGCCUCCCGCUGCUGCUGAUGCCUGAAGAGGCGCGGCUGCUGGCCGAGAUCGGCGCAGUGACCCUGGUCAGCGCCCCGCGCCCGGAUCCCCGCCAACACAGCCUGGCAUUGGCAUCCUUCAAGCGCCAGCAAGAGCAGGGCUUCCAGGAGCAAAGUGCUCUGGCAGCUGAGGCCCGUGAGACCCGUCGUCAGGAGCUCCUGGAGAAGAUUGCGGAGGGCCAGGCUGCGAAGAAGCAGAAGCUGGAACAGGAAUCAGGGACCAGCGGGAGCCACGAGGCCGAUGGGACCCAAGCUGCAGAAGAGAAUGAGGCCGGUGCUGGCCAGGCUGCUGGAGAGCAUGAGGAAGCAGGUGAAGGCUCCUCUGCUUCCCAGCCAGGGCCUUCAAAUGGGGUGACCCCUUUGCCCAGAUCCGCUCUGCUGGUCCAGCUGGCCACUGCUAGGCCCCGGCCCAUCAAGGCUAGGCCCCUGGAUUGGCGUGUCCAGUCCAAAGACUGGCCCCACGCCGGCCGUCCUGCCCAUGAGCUUCGCUACAGCAUCUACAGAGACCUGUGGGAACGAGGCUUCUUCCUCAGCGCUGCUGGCAAGUUUGGGGGCGACUUCCUGGUCUAUCCUGGUGACCCGCUCCGUUUCCACGCUCACUACAUCGCUCAGUGCUGGGCUCCUGGGGACGCCAUCCCACUCCAGGACCUGGUUUCUGCUGGCCGCCUUGGCACCAGUGUCAGAAAGACGCUGCUGCUUUGCUCUCCGCAGCCUGAUGGUAAGGUGGUCUACACAUCCCUGCAGUGGGCCAGCCUGCAGUGAACUCCAGAGACCUGUGAACACGUGGCUGUGUCCGUGGCAAGAGCCUUUCUAGAUGGUCCCAAGCUCAUCUCCGCAUGGGAGGCUCCACCACCCUCCUGCCUCUCUCGGCUGUUAGUUUUUGAUUCCAGACUUAUAAACACUACAUCCUUCUUAUGUCCCUCCCUGAUUCAAAGCACUUAGUGACCGUGUUGUUUUUAUAGUUACCUAUUUCCAACCAAGAGCUUCUCGAGUGUGAAAGCUGAUUCAUCUCUGUUUUUUACAGGGCAUAGGUCCCAAGAGGUCUCAAUAAACUUGUUGAAUAAA